CCGUGGGGUCUUGUUUACUCUACUCUACUCUUUGCUUUCAACUCAACCAAUUAGCCAACCUUUGAUUUCUCUCAUUUUUCUAAUCCGGGUCUUCUCUCUGUCUAUCCCUAUCUGGGUUCAUCUAGAUAGAUUUUCUUGAAUCGGGUUUCUUGUGUUUGUUUGUUUCUUUGAGAUAUUUUUUGGUUCGUUUUGGUUUCUGGGUUUGGAUUGUAAUGGAGGAGAGGUAUGAGCCAAUGAAGGAUCUUGGGUCUGGCAACUUUGGAGUGGCGAGGCUGGUCAGGGAUAAGAAGACCAGGGAGCUUGUGGCUGUGAAGUACAUAGAGAGAGGCAAGAAGAUUGAUGAGAAUGUUCAGAGGGAAAUUAUUAAUCACAGAUCCUUGAGGCAUCCUAAUAUUGUCAGGUUCAAAGAGGUCCUGUUGACUCCAAGUCAUCUAGCUAUUGUCAUGGAAUAUGCAGCUGGUGGUGAACUCUUUGAGAGGAUAUGUAGUGCUGGUAGAUUUAGUGAAGAUGAGGCAAGAUUUUUCUUCCAGCAGCUGAUAUCUGGAGUCAGCUACUGUCAUUCCAUGGAAAUCUGUCACAGGGAUCUGAAGCUGGAAAACACACUCUUGGAUGGAAGUGCGACACCACGUCUGAAAAUUUGUGACUUUGGAUACUCCAAGUCUGCUAUUUUGCAUUCGCAACCAAAAUCAACUGUUGGAACACCUGCUUACAUUGCUCCGGAGGUUCUGUCACGGAAGGAAUAUGAUGGAAAGAUUGCAGAUGUUUGGUCCUGUGGUGUGACACUAUAUGUCAUGUUGGUAGGAGCAUAUCCUUUUGAGGAUCCCGAAGACCCUCGAAAUUUUCGUAAGACCAUUGAGAGAAUUAUGAGUGUCCAGUACACCAUACCCGAUUAUGUUCGUAUUUCAGCAGACUGCAAGCACCUACUGUCUCGUAUUUUUGUUGCCAACCCAUCUAAGAGGCUCAGUCUUCCUGAGAUAAAACAGCACCCUUGGUUUCUGAAAAAUUUGGCAAAAGAGCUAAUUGAGGUUGAGAAAAAAAGCUUUGCGGAAGUGGAACGUGACAACCCGACACAGAACAUUGAAGAAAUAAAUAAGAUCAUACAAGAUGCAAGGACACCAGGGGAAGGUUCCAAAGGAGUUGGCCAAGCUGUUGCAGGAGCAGGACCAUCCGACUCUGAUGAUGUAGAUUUGGACUCAGAAGUUGAUCUUAGUGGUGACUUUGCUUGAAAUGAUAUCCAGAAAAUAUGUCUUAGGGUUUGUUUACACAUAAUCAAAACCUCUGUUUUCAUAAGAACAACAAAGAAAAGCUUUUUGUAUGGAUUUUAUCACAUUGUAUAGUAAACUGUUAUACUAUACCCAUCUGUACAAAUAGUGGAACAUAUUGAACUCAGGCUUGUGUUAUUAUUACAUCUUUGGACGAUUACUGUGAAGUUUUUGAGUGUA